UCCAGUGCAGCUUAUACACACACCUGACUCGGACCCUCAUAACAUGCUGGCAAGCUAGUUUUGUCUUGAGACAACAGGGUACAGAGUGGAAGUCACAUAGCACACAGAGAUCGAACAGGACUCCAGAGCACGCGGCCCUGGACAAGAUAUUGUCAUGUUGUUUCAAUUCCAUCAUUUCGGAUUGCUGAACCUAGCCCUCGCUCUUCGGCUCAAACACCCAGCCCCGUAGCCCCCAACUUGUACACUUGUCCGAAACAUGAAAUGAAAUCCCUCCAGAGGCAGUACCCGAGUACUUCGUAUGAUGCACGCCCAUGCUGUCCGCCUGUUUCCCUCGACGUCUGGCGCACAACCGAUCCUUUCUAGCCGGGCGCCUGUCACAGCCAUCUCAUCUCCCUCUGCCACGCAUUCAAUCUGCCCCUGUUGUGAGAGUCCUGAAUCGUCCUCCCACAGCUGCCGUCGCUGUCCUGCGUCAAACCCAUGUCCCAGGGAGUGGUUGAGACGUUCCCAGCCCAGCUUCCAGCCCAGCUUCCAGUGUCUCCGUCUACCCUCUCCGCAUCCACACCUGGCUCAAAGCCGUGCAAUUUUCCACCUGCCCCACAACACCGCCACAUGUGAAGGAACACUCCAAAAGAGAACCGAGGCCAAAGCCUCGUUGAGCAUCUGCCAUGAUUGCUUUCAAUUGCUCCACCUUCCCUGGUGGCUUCUCUUUUUGUCUAGGAACCCGAAUAUCCUACUAUCCACGCCCAAACUCAGAAAACUAUACCCCAACAACCCGUAGAUAAAUAAACGCCUGCAAUGCUGUGGAUCCAUCCACCUAGACCGAGGUAUCCUUGGUGUAAAAACAUAUAUACAAAGAACGAUUUCGUUUGUCGCUCAGAAAAUCGGGUAUUAAUAAACGUCGAAUGUUGUGCUGCCU